AUGCCUCAAACAAAAGUACCAACCGAAACGGUUUCAUCAUCAAGUAAAGAGAAUAAGGUAAAGGCCAGUAAAGGAGCUGAUGCAGGAAAGAAGGGAGGAGCAAUGUUGUCAAAGGAGGACAAGAAGAAGGGAGAGCCAACUCCGAAAAAAAAGAGAGUUGAGAACGACACGAAAGUAGUUCAGGUUAAAACCAAGCCUUCUCCUUCGGAAGUGGCCUCCAAUGAACAUGAUCAACCGAAGGCCAAAAACAACAGUGAAUUGGAAUCAAAGAAUGUACAUUCUGUAAAUGUAGAGACUAAUGUAAAUAGUAAUAAUAACAAUGCAAACAGCACGGAAGAGAAAAACGAAGAUGAAACAGACAUCAAAGUCAUUGUUCGUGCCCGUCCGCUCAAUCAGCGCGAGUUAUCUCUCAAAAGUUCUUCAUGUCUGACUUUGUCUGAAACCGAAAGAAAAAUCACAAUGAUAAGGAAAGACAAGGAAAAUAAGACCUUCUACUUUGACAAUGUAUUCGGAGAAAACUCGACACAAAAACAAAUUUAUGAAGCAAGUGGAGCUAAAGUGUUGGAAAGGUUCAUUCUUGGAUACAAUGCUUGCAUUUUCGCAUACGGACAAACAUCUUCUGGAAAAACUUACACAAUGGAAGGAAUUAAAGGGAAUGAGCAACAAGAAGGUAUAAUGACUCGAUUUGUUAGAGAUUUAUUUCAAUACGUAACAAAGCAGGAGAAAAAAAUUGACAUUACCAUUAAGGCGUCCUACUGUGAAAUUUACAACGAAGGAAUUAACGAUUUAUUAUCAAAUGGAAUGGGUAAACACAAAUACGAAAUUAGGGAGGAUAAAAUUAAGGGAACCUACAUUACAAAUAUCAUCGAAAGGCCAAUAGAAAGUGAAAAGGAAUUGAAUGAAAUUCUAGAAGAGGGGUCCAAGCACAGAACUGUUGCCGAGACAAAAAUGAAUGAAAUGUCUUCUAGGUCGCAUGCAAUUCUAACGAUUCACAUGGAACAAAUUGAUAAGGGUGACGAAGAAGGGUUCAGUUUAAGAACAAAUAAGAUAUCUUUGGUGGAUCUGGCCGGAAGUGAACGAGCGAGUUCAACGGAGGCAACAGGUGAUCGAUUGAAAGAAGGUGCCAAAAUCAAUCUGUCUCUUUCCAAUCUUGGUAAUGUCAUUAAUGCGCUUGUGAAAGGAACAUCAUUUGUUCCAUACAGAAGCUCAUGUUUAACCCGAUUAUUGAAAGACUCGCUUGGGGGAAAUUCAUACACCCUAAUGAUUUCAUGCAUUUCUCCUGCUGAAGUCAAUGCAGAGGAAUCAUUGAGCACACUGUACUUUGCUGACAGAGCAAAACAAAUCAAGAACCGUUUGAAAAUAUCAAGAGGAGAUCCUCGCUUGGAGAAAAUUAAUGAGCUACUUGAAAACGAGAAGAGGUUAAAGGCAAGAAUUGAGGAGCUGGAGAAGAAAGUUGCCUACUGUGAAAAGCAUCACGGUACGGAAGAGAAAAAGAAAGGAUGUUGCACAAUCAUGUAA